GUGGGGCACCCCCUUUACAGUGCGGGGGGACACACCCCCUGUACAGUGCGUGCUAACCGAGCGAUCCCCAAAUACACCAGCAGCAGUGACGCGCGGUGUGGGUAGAAGCAGCAGCAGCACGGGAAGGGCACGGACUCUUUGCGGCGGAUCACUCGGCAGGACCCAGCCAUGGCUCUGGUGGAAAUUUCCAGCAACCGGAUUUUUGAAGGAUAUCAGAAGGUGUUUGAACAUGAGAGCUCGGAGCUCAAGUGCAAGAUGCGCUUCGGCGUUUACCUGCCGCCCAAAGCGGAGACGCACAAGUGCCCAGUUCUCUACUGGCUAUCAGGCCUCACGUGCACCGAGCAGAACUUUGUGACGAAGGCCGGGGUGCAGCGCCUGGCGUCGGAGCACGGCCUCAUCGUGGUGGCGCCCGACACGAGUCCUCGCGGCUGUAACGUGGAGGGGGAGGACGAGAGCUGGGACUUCGGUUCGGGCGCCGGCUUCUACGUGGACGCGACGCGCGACCCCUGGAGCCAGCACUACCGCAUGUACUCCUACGUCACGCGCGAGCUGCCCAAGCUGGUGAAGGAAUCGUUCAGCGCGGACGCCGAGAAGCAGUCGAUCUUCGGGCACUCGAUGGGGGGGCACGGCGCGCUGGUCUGCGCGCUGAGGAACCCCGGCAUGUACAGGUCCGUGUCGGCGUUCGCGCCGAUUUGCAACCCAGUGGAGUGUCCGUGGGGCCAGAAGGCCUUCGCGGGCUACCUUGGCGAAGACCGCGAGGCCUGGAAGGCGUACGAUGCCACGUUGCUGGUGUCCGGCUACUCGGGUCCACCACUCGACAUCCUCGUUGACCAGGGCAAGGACGACCAGUUCCUCUCGGCCGGGCAGCUGCUGCCCGACAACUUCCUGGCCGCGUGCACGCAGGCCAAGGUUCCGGCCGUCUUCAGGCUACAGGAGGGCUACGACCACAGCUACUACUUCAUUGCCACCUUCAUGGACGACCACGUGCUGCACCACGCCAAGUACCUCAACGCGUGAUGGCGACACGGGGAGCCCGCAGCCCGCCGCGAGGCCCGGUGUCGCUCACCACAGCCUGGCGACGAUCCUGGGUUCGAGUCCAGGCUCUCAGCUGCCGGUGAUUUAAAAUCGGUUCCCGAGUUGUGUCGCAACCCUGUUUGCCAAAGAAAAGGGGCGCCGCGAUGGCGACGUGUUGUCUACGUACGUUGAACUUCUUUGGCACCGCACGUAGCCAACCACGCUAAUCGGAGGUGCGGGGGAAGGACAGCAAACUCAACACAAGAAGCAUUUGAACAAAAAAUGAGUUUUCAAUACAGAUUAAAAGUUCAUUAUAAAUGAGGAGGGAAAAGCCAGAGGACCCAAAUAAAAAUCCACGCGAUCACAGGGAGAACAUGCAAACUUAAAAUAUACAACAGGCAUCAGGAUUGGGAUCGAACCCACGACCUCUUGUACACCAGGAGAGGUAGUUAACAUAUUGCCACCAUCGCAGCAGCAGCAGCUCUGGUUUUGUGGAGCACUUUCACGUGGCCAGGUUGGAUCUUGACCUGGAAACUUGGGUGUGGAGCCGGUUCAGAGUAUUCCACGUGUACGUGACAUCAUCAUCAUCUGAAAGGAGAUCCGCUGCUCGAGGUGACACGGGUGGCUAAGCCACCCAGCCGAUUCCACGACAUUGUGCGUGUGACACAAUUGGCGAGAGACAAUUCGUGCCAUUAACGAGCAGUCAGAUUAUUUCGCAUUGAGGUUGGCAGAGCGAGCAGAACUAUAAAAGUGGAACUAAAUAAUAAUAAUAAAAUAAUUUUGGAAUUGUCCAUCUUCCAGGAUGUGUGGUCAGCGUGGAAGAGUAGGCCAAAAAUACCCUCCACAGGGGCUCUCUAGCACUCUCUCGAGCGGAGGGCCUCCUGCCAACAUUGCCGUUCGCAACGCAGUCGCAGGGCUGCACCUUUACCUUCAAUUGAAUCUCCAACCCCGUGACCGCAAACGGUGACCAUUCAUCAAGCCGCUUGGGGGGGUGUGUCUGUGUGUGCGCGCGUAUCUGUGUGUGUGCGACACAUGCCCUAUGCCCUCAUGCCC